CAUCCUGCAGGCUCCCUCCCAUCGCUGACUGCAGCCCCAGGCCCCGCCAUGGGGAAUGUGCCAUCCGCUGUGAAGCACUGCCUCAGCUAUCAGCAGCUUCUCCGGGAGCAUCUCUGGAUCGGGGAUUCAGUGGCAGGGGCGCUCGACUCGGCGCAGGAAUCAUCCCAGUUAUCUGGGCUCCCUGAAUAUGUCAAAAUAGUAGAAGUUGGGCCUAGGGAUGGACUGCAGAAUGAAAAGGUUAUAGUUCCUACAGACAUAAAAAUUGAAUUUAUCAAUCGACUUUCCCAAACUGGCUUGUCUGUAAUAGAAGUAACCAGCUUUGUGUCCUCCAAAUGGGUGCCACAGGUUGCUGCUGGAGCCACUGAGAUAUCAGUUUUUGGUGCUGCGUCUGAAUCCUUUAGCAAGAAGAAUAUUAAUUGUUCCAUUGAAGAAAGUAUGGGAAAGUUUGAAGAGGUCAUUAAGUCUGCAAGGCACAUGAAUAUUCCAAUUCGAGGGUAUGUGUCUUGUGCCUUGGGCUGCCCAUACGAAGGAAGUAUUACACCGCAAAAAGUCACAGAAGUGUCUAAGAGAUUGUAUGGCAUGGGUUGUUAUGAGGUUUCUCUGGGAGACACCAUUGGAGUGGGGACUCCAGGAAGCAUGAAGAGAAUGUUGGAAAGUGUCAUGAAAGAAAUACCUCCAGGUGCUCUUGCUGUUCACUGUCAUGACACUUACGGACAGGCCUUAGCAAAUAUCCUUACGGCCCUUCAGAUGGGAAUUAACGUGGUGGACUCCGCAGUGUCAGGAUUAGGUGGCUGCCCUUAUGCAAAAGGUGCUUCCGGGAAUGUAGCCACUGAGGAUUUGAUAUAUAUGCUUAAUGGCCUGGGGCUCAAUACAGGUGUGGAUCUCUACAAAAUAAUGGAAGCUGGUGACUUUAUAUGCAAAGCUGUGCAUAAAAAUACAAACUCUAAAGUAGCACAAGCCUCCUUCAGUGCUUGACAACAGUGGAUUUGUGACUUAAGAUCAAGAAGGUCCAUUUCAGCAGCAUACAUUCAUCUGAAAAUCAUUAGUGCCAACUCAUUUGGAAAUGUAAUAGGCAAAGGUGGAGAAAGAGGAAUAACUUUUAAAAAACAUGAUUACUGAAUAAACUAUGACAUCAAUAGCAAGCAAUACCAGUCAUCAGGAAAAUCAUAAUUGGAGGAUGAGUAAUGAGACUUGUAGACAUCCUUUUGAACUUGGAGGAAAAAAUGUCUCAUCUUUUGCUCUUGUAGAGAUGACCUUUUAACUUAGUAGACGUGAAUAUUGACCUCAGAUUUCCCUAAGUGUCACGUACUGUGUUAAUACUUAAUCAUGCUAGCUUAGCAUAGUAUACACAUUGUCAGUAGUUUAUGAGCUCCCGCAUAGUGUGCAGAGUGUGUGGCCUUGUUAUUAUGUGUUAUGCCUCUGGAUCUCAACUUUCCAUUUGCCAAGUCAGUUAAGUUAUGGAUAAAGAGCCAAAUCUCCAUCUGACCCUGCAUAAUUUUAGCAAUAGAACUUUUAUAUUUCAAGUAAGGAUAACAUCUGUUAACUAUUUCAGUGACUUUAUCUGGU